CCAGAAGAUGAAUAGGAGCAGCAGAAUACCAGAAAGAGAAAGUGACUGAUGGGUGUGCAGUGCGCUUACAGGCGAAAGGAAAAACUGCAUUCACAGCGAAAUGACCUUGAAACAGCGGAUAAAAUACAUAUAACCAGUCCACGUAUCAAUCCCCUGGAGUUAACCAGGUCUGCGACAAUAAGUUUGCGCCUGAAACCAGGAUCCUUUAUCUUACAACAGAUAUUAGAAUUCCCUACACAAUCCCGUAGUUUAAAUUUUGACGUUACACUUCGCUGGAAUCAUGAUGAUAGUUCAGGAUGAGAUUUUUGGACUCAUUUCUUCGUAUUAACUGUCUGAAAAUGGGGUUAAGUAGUUCCCAGCUGGAAAAAGAAAUUGCCAGUGACCAGCUACUCAGUGGUGAGCGGUAUUUCGGACUAGUAAAUUUUGGGAAUACAUGCUACUGUAAUUCAGUGAUACAAGCUCUGUUUUUUUGCAAGCCUUUUCGGGACAAGGUCUUACAAUAUAAUGACCGAGCAAAAAAUCCCAAAAAAGAAACGCUACUUACUUGUCUUUCGGACUUAUUUUACUCAGUCGUAUCUCAGCAAAGAAGAGUUGGCCAGAUGCGUCCUAAAAAAUUCAUACAAAAGCUCAAGAGAGAAAAUGGCUUGUUCGACAAUUAUCUGCAACAGGAUGCGCAUGAGUUCCUGAAUUAUCUCCUUAACAAAAUAGCCGAUAUAAUAAGAGCUGAACAACGGUCAUCGGAAAGUGGUGAUACAGAGGUUGUUAAAGAUGGGGUAAUCGAUGCUGUAGAGAACGAUAAAAGAGGUACAAACCAAAACUGGAUCCAUGAGAUUUUCCAAGGAAGUCUGACUAACGAAACAAGGUGCCUUAACUGUGAUAACGUCCGUACGAAGGAGGAAAAUUUCCUCGAUUUGUCGGUUGACGUUGGAGAAAAUGUGGACAUUUCUUACUGCCUGCGUUGCUUUUCUGAUACUGAGACAAUGCGUUCAGACAACAAGUACUACUGUGAAUUUUGUCGAUGCAAACAGGAAGCCCAAAGACGUAUGCGUAUCAAAAAACCACCCUUACUUCUAGCCCUCCAUUUAAAACGUUUCAAGUACUCAGAAAAUCUUAAUAGGUUUAUCAAGUUGUCCUACAGAGUUGCCUUUCCAAUGGAAUUGAGACUUUUCAAUACGUCUAGCGACUCAUCUAACGCUGAUCGGCUCUACAAUCUGAUGGCUGUCGUUGUCCACUCAGGAUCUGGUCCUAAUCGUGGACACUAUGUAACACUAGUGAAAUCUCAUGGUCUGUGGUUUUUAUUUGAUGAUGAACUAGUAGAAAAAAUCCAUCGUGCUAAUAUUGAAGACUUUUUUGGUUCAUCAACGGAAACGUCGAAAUCUUCAUAUACAGCUUAUAUUCUAUUCUAUUUAGAUGCCAAGGUUGCAUCGAAUGCGUCGGCUUCUGAUGUGACUUCUGCCACACCUGCCACUACUGGUGCCAAUUCUACAUUGAUUAGUAAUAGUAGUGGGGGUAGCACCAGUAGUACAGCUAGUUCAAUGUCAACUUGAUUAAUUUUUAUUAACUUAAAGUAACGAUUUCUUUUAUUCCCAUGUGUUGUAACUUUACAAUACUGUCGCCUUUCUUUUUUCUUUUCUUUCUUAUUUAUGUUUCCCUACUUAUUGUGUCACUUUCUGAGUUUUUUUUUCUACAUUUUUAAUUUUCUGUCUAAACUUCAAUACAUAAUGUAGGUUCUGUUUGCGUUUAUGAGUCAUCUAUUCCAUAUUCACGUACACAAACACAAAGGUGCAAUCAGAUUAUUUUGACUUAUUGUAUUGCAUACCUCUGUUUAAUUAUCCUUGAUUGAUUUUCUCCUGUGUACAACACGUCUUAGUGUAUGUAUAUGUGUAUGUUUUGUACGUGAGAAGGAGUCAAAAUAAAUUAACAGUGGAAAUACUGUAGCAUUGUUUUUCCUUUUACUAAUUUUUUUGUGUUCUAGUGACAACAGUUGUGUUUGCUUUUUGUUUUAAAUUUUCAUUCACCCGCAUUUUCCCGUUAAUUUUGCCUGUUUCAAAUCGAUAAUUCUCUGGAGGUGAGCAGUGUUCUGAAAAAAAUGUCUAGGUUUAAUUUUUCCCAACAGCUAUUUACGUGUAAUUUCAGAAUAUAACAUGUCGGAAGCAUUUUAAUAAGAACUGCUUUCUCCUAAUUACGCACUAUUGCUUUACCUGAAAUUGACCUUCUGUUAACUGAAUUUUUGCUGUG